CCCGUGCUCGAUAAUGCCGCGGAAGUGUUGCGCGCACUGCCCGGGAAGCGCGAGCCGCGGCGGCGAGCCGAUACGCGAGCACGCGUGCGCGCUGCCCGAGCGCGUCGCUGGCGCCGAGCCCGUGCCGCGCUCGCGACCGCGCGGCCACCGCUGCAAGGGCCCGAGGUCCGCGAGCAGCGACCGUCGCGGAGAUGAGCGACACCGGCAGCAGCAACAGCAGCAACAGCAGCAGCACCAGCAGCAGCAGCAGCAGCAGCAGCACCAGCAGCAGCACCGGCGUCGGCGGCAGCCGUCGAGCUCGUGUCGCCAGAGAUUCGCCGUUGCCAGAAAGCUGCACGCGGAGAACCUGCAGCAUCAGGACUUGCCGGACAGAGUCGACGACGCGAUCUUCGUCCAGGACAAGAGAGCCGAGCAGCCGUGCACGAGCGAGGCCGUGGAGAGGUGCCCAUCAAUCGUCCCGGGGCGACUGCACGAGCAGCGCGGCCCGGCGCUGGGCUGCAAGAAGCCGGCGACGUACAUGGACUUGGCGAUCUGCUGGGAGACGCCGGUCGACGCGUCGUACGAGCCACGCCGCGCCGCGCACGUCGACGGCUCGGACGGCGGCCCGGCGCCGGCGAUAUUCGCGCUGGUCUCGCACGAGGACUCGCGGCUGGACGUGAGGGCCGGCCGCAUACCCGGCCGCCGGGAGGACGAGCAGGACGACGGCGAGGAGCUCUGCGGGCGGCUCGACUCGGCGGUGCGCCUCGGCGCGCGCUCGGCGUCCUGCCCGCGGAGGAGCGGCCGCGCCGGCGUCGCCAGGGGGCACGACGGGCUGCCGGCCGACAGGGGCCGCGUGCCGAGGCCGCGCACGCCCUACGCCAGGAGGUCGUUCUGCAUCGACACGCUCGCGCCGCCCUUCAGCGUCGUUCGCGGCUGCAGGGACGCCGACUAUCCGGAGCACUGGAGGCUCACCUCCAUCUAUCAGCAGUCUUACAGGAACCCGAGCAAGCUGCGCGAGGGUAGGACGAUCUUGAGCUACGCUAGGCGUGGACGCUGAAAUUCCUCGUUGUCCGCACGCCUACUACUGUUUCCU